UCGCACCACCCGCGUUGCCAAUGACAACCAUUUGAUCCGCAGCAACCGGAUCCGUGAUGGGAGGAGCGGCGGUCCAGGUGCUUCAGCCAACAGCGAUCAGACGCAGAUAGUGGGGCCGGAGGAAAGUGUGCGCGUGUGUGGGGUUUCGUGAUUCCCCGUGAGUGAAGGGCAGGGCGAAGUGAUCACAGUGGCUUUAUUGUUCUGAUUCGCUAAUCUGACAUUGAACCGGUCGUUUUCCACACGUAACGUUAGGCUCUUCUUUACUAGCAUCUCGUGGGUUUGGAUUUACUGUGUCUUUGAAAAACUGUUUUAAACUCGCGUGAUGUUCAAGAAAAGCAAGGGCAAAGUAUUAGUGGAUGAAGCGUCGGAGGAGGACGAUGUGUCGUGGCAUCAUGAGCACGCGAUCGAUAAGGAUAAAGACUCUGAGGGAACGGAGGAAGUUCUAAGCCCUUCAACAAAGGAUUCAAAGUUAAAGAAAGUUAAAUCGAAGCGAGAAAGAGGCGAUAAGAAGUUGUUUCCCUCUCAGGACGAUGAACAGAUCUUGCUAACAGGACAGACUGUCUCUCCCAGAAAAGGGUCUGCUAAGAAAGGAUGGGACGAGGAAAAGGGUAAAGUACCCUCAGAUAACAAAGCUCAGUGUCUGUGGGACAACAUCACCAUGUCGAUGAAGCAGAUCACACCUACGAGGAAGCCGGAUAAAAUGGAAUGCUGGGAACCUCCUCAGAUGAGCAACAGAACUGAGGAAAAGUCUGAGUCUGAAAAGAAGCUCGACUCUUCCCCGCUCGCUUCUAAUCUGUCCCUAUCUCUGCCGUCCUGGGUGGGUUUGGGUUUGGAGGAGGACUCAUCUCGCUACGCCAGUCUGACUGAGUCACAGACAGGAGGUCCUGCCCAGUGGGCGGCUCGUGCGCGAGAUAAAUUGGCCGCCGUCCGUCGGAAAAGCCCAGCCAGUCUGUCAGAGAGCACGUGGGAGGGGCUUAAAUGAUUUAUUACGAGGCACCAUUCCUUGUUUGUAAGAGAGGCCACGCCCCUCAUGUAGCAACUCUGAUUGGACAGCUUAUGGUUUCAGAGUAACUAAAGCUUUUGAUAAGAUGUAGGAUGGUCAGUAUGAAAUCAACAGUGCCUGCUCAGAUGAUUCGUUUUCAUUUUUUGGUUUGUAUGGAAGGAUAUACAGUACAAUGGAGAUACAGCCACCUCGACCAUUGACACACACGUGCACCCUAGAUAGUGACCAAUGUUUAUGGCCUCUCAUAGAUUAUUUUCAGCCUUUAAACGCUCAAUUUCACCCAUCACUACAGUUAUGAGUACCAUGAAUUAAAACCCACAAACAGAUUUUGUGUCUCCAUGAUCACUCCUGAUGAGUGUCUAUGGUUUAUAUCCAAUGGUUAUUCGAUCAUAUUGGUUUGUGAUUAAUUUAUUACGUUACGUAGUUGAAGCGUGAAUGUAAAAUGAUGCAGAAAUGCCUUCCAUUGUAUCAACUGUGAUCAGAAUACAUGUAUAGUCACUAUCGCCUGCUGAUUUAGCAUAACUGCUAUAACAAUCAUAAUGUACUGUAGACGUUUUACUCUAUGCAUUAGUCUUCUCGCUGUUAUCCCAAAUAUCGAUUGUGCCAACAAAAGUAUUUACUGAACCUUUUUGGCCAAUAGGAAGAUUACAAAAAUUGUAGGGCAGCGCUUUUGAAUUGCGAAGCUAUGUGAAGGUUCUCGUUACAUCGAUGGAUAUUGACUUGUACUUUCUUUCAAGCUCUAAUGUGACCUAAAUUUGCUUAUACAUGUAGGUUAAAGGGAUAGUUCAUCCAAAUUAUGUUGUUCUGAACCUGCAUGAGUUUCUUUCCUCUGUUGAAGAUAUUUUGAUAAAUGAUGGUAAACACAGUUGACAGUACCCCUUCCAUAGUAGAAAUAACAUACUAUAGAAGUCAAUGGGAGAUGUCAGCCAUGUUUAACAGAGGAAAUAAACUCUCACAGGUUUAGAACAACAUGAGAGAGAGGAAAUUAUGACACAAUUUUAUUUUUAGGCAAACUGUCCCUUUAAUUUGAAAAACACUAAUCAAGUUAGGUUGAAAUUAACUAGGUUAACGCUGCAUUACGGUGGAAUUUUAGGAAUGAGAGGAGCACACCUGUUUUUGGUGCCCAGAGGUCAACAUCUUGAAUCGUCUUCUUUAUCACAAAGUGCAUUUUGGUUUUAAUGGUUGCUGUGCCUCAACAAGUCAUGUUGUCUUGGUUAUAGUGUCUUAAUGCAACCAAAAAAAAAUGUGAAAAGAAAAGUGAGAACUGGAGAUCUUUUAUCUGUUUUGUCUAAACACUCUCAACAUGUGGAAAUGACAAUCACCCUUUACAUUAGUUUAACAUAAAAAUCUAUUUUAUAUCUAAACCAUUGGCUGAUGCCAUUAAAGGGAUAGUUCGGCCAAAAACGAUAUUAAACCCAUGAUUUACUCACCCCCAAGCUGUCCGAGUUGCAUAUGUCCAUCGUUUUUCAGACAAACACAUUUUCGGAUAUUUUAGAAAAUAUUUUAGAUCUUUCUGUUGAUUAAAUGUAAUGUUACGGGGUCCAGCAAUAGUCCACGACCUUCAAGUCCAAAAAAAGUGCGUCCAUCCUUCACAAAUUAAAUCCAAACGGCUCCAGGAUGAUAAACAAAGGUCUUCUGUGGGUAAUCCGUGCGGUGUUGUUGUAGAAAUAUCCAUAUUUAAAAUGUUAUUAACGUUAUAAACUACCUUCCGGUAGCGCCACCAUCUUAGAGUGACGCGCAUUCAGGAUGAGAGCUUCUCUGCUGCUGCUCUGUCCCCCCGCCCUCCGAAUUUGUCAUACGUCACUAAGAAAAGUGCAUACACUACGCUAAUACUCUCUCCUGAGUCUAAGAUGGCGGCGCUACCGGAAGGUAGUUUAUAACGUUAAUAACAUUUUAAAUAUGGAUAUUUCUACAACAACACCGCACGGAUUACCCACAGAAGACCUUUGUUUAUCAUCCUGGAGCCGUUUGGAUUUAAUUUGUGAAGGACAGACGCACUUUUUUGGACUUGAAGGUCGUGGACUAUUGCUGGACCCCGUAACAUUACAUUUAAUCAACAGAAAGAUCUAAAAUAUUUUCUAAAAUAUCCGAACAUGUGUUUGUCUGAAAAACGAUGGACAUAUGCAACUCGGACAGCUUGGGGGUGAGUAAAUCAUGGGUUUAAUAUCGUUUUUGGCCGAACUAUCCCUUUAAAUCGCCUAAAAUAUUGCCAUUUUAUUGCAGAUUUACUUUAAGAAAAUGUUUUUGUGUUAUCUGAUUUUAAGAAAGCAGUUUGCUGCUCCUGUUAUGGUAACAUGUUGAAUUUUUUGAAGUAUUUACAAAUUGUUAAUUUGAAGUUUUGCCUUUGCUAGUUUUUGAUUUGAUCUUUUACUACUGAAAGAUUUAUAUGACUUUAAGAUAUUAAUGCCGCGAUUAAGCUGUGUAAAAUGAUUUUCCUUUGUGAAUCUGAAUAAAGCUUUAAAUCCUC